AUGCACUGGAUAGAAUAUACUGGGCUUACUACCGCCGUCACCAUCCUUACUCAACCAUCUCCUGCAGAUCUCGCACAAGAGAUCCGUAAAUAUCAUAAUCUGACAAAGAAGCCUUUCAACAUUAAUAUCACCCUGCUCUCUACUCUUAUCCCCCUGGACUAUGGCACCUACGUGCAGACUAUCAUCCAGAAAAACAUGAAGGUUAUCAAGACUGCUGGUAACAACCCAGGACCAAUAAUCAAACAGCUUAAGCAGGCUGGUGUCAUUGUGAUUCAUAAAUAUACUACCCUUCACCACGCACACUCCGCCAUUAAACUCGGGGUAGAUUUCCUCUUCAUUAACAGCUUUGAAUGUGGUGGUCACGUCAGAGAGCAUGAUAUCACUAGUCUCAUCCUACUGGAGCAAGCGAGACAGGAGCUUGGUGUCCCUUUCAUCACUUCAAGGGGGUUUAUCAAUGGAUACAGGCUUGCAGCGGCUAUGGCACUGGGCACUGAGAAUAUUAAUAUAGGCACCCGGUUAAUAUGCACCGUGGAGUCGUCCAUCCAUUCAAAAGUCAAGAAGAUAAUUAUAGCAGCCCAGGAAACAGAUACAGCACUGGUUAUAAGACAGUGGUCUAACACAACUAGGCUAUUUGCGAAUCGAGUUGCAAAAGCUGCGCUGAGUAUAGAGAAGGAGAGUGCAGCUAGUCAAUUUAAGAAGAUUACACCACUUAUAAAUAAGAAAAGAAGAUAA